AAAGGAGGUUCACGGUGGAAGGUGGCUUAGGGGGCACGGCACGGGCACAGAAUUAAACAGGCACCAGUAGGCGCCGUCCGGCUUUGCCGCCUGCAGUCUGGGUCUGGCAGUGAUCUUGACAAGGUCAGCCUCUCGAGGCCUACCCUUCUCCUCUUUUACUGUUCUCCAUCCGACUUCGCCAUGUCUAAGCGGUUUUAUCGGGUCGAUUCCAUGAAGGAUAUUUCCUUCUUCGAUAAAGGAGAGUUGGCCAGGAUUCAAAACGCAUUCGUCUUCGAAAUCUCGUGGGAGGUUGCAAACAAAGUGGGUGGAAUAUAUACUGUGUUAAGGUCCAAAGCCAAUGUCACAGUAGAUGAACUUGGUGAUCAAUACUGCCUCUUGGGACCUUACAAAGAACACAUAGCAAGGACUGAAGUUGAAUUCGUGGAAUUUCCCCGGAACAGUCCCUACCUGACAGCUGUCAACAAGUUGCGUCAGAAUGGCUUUCAGGUGCACACAGGCCGAUGGUUGGUUGAUGGCAAUCCUCAGGUGGUUCUUUUUGAUGUUGGAUCUGGUGCUUGGAAGUUGCAUGACUACAAGAGAGAGUUAUGGAACUCCGCUAAUAUUGGUAUCCCAUGGGAAGACUCAGAAUGUAAUGAUUCCAUGAUAUUUGGCUUCUUAGUUGCUGAUUUCCUUCAAGAGUUUUACAAGGCUUCAGAUGAGGAAGCAGAUCAAGCACCAAAAAUUGUAGCUCAUUUUCAUGAAUGGCUGGCAGGAGUGGGGCUUAUAAUGUUGCGUGUACGGCAUGCUGAGAUCUCCACUAUCUUCACAACUCAUGCUACAUUGCUUGGCCGCUUCCUCUGUGCAGGCAAUGUUGACUUUUACAACAACAUGGAUAAGAUCAAUGUUGAUGAAGAAGCUGGAAAGAGGCAAAUAUAUCAUCGAUAUUGCAUGGAGCGGGCAGCAGCUCACUUGUGUCAUGUCUUCACGACAGUUUCUGAUAUCACUGCUUUUGAGGCCCAGCAUCUGCUGAAAAGGAAGCCUGAUCUGGUAACACCAAAUGGUCUCAAUGUUAAGAAGUUUGCAGCUCUUCAUGAAUUCCAGAAUCUCCAUGCCCUUGCCAAGGAUAAAAUCAAUGACUUCGUGAGGGGUCACUUCUAUGGGCACUACGACUUUGAUCUGGACAAGACUAUUUACUUAUUCUCAGCUGGUCGGUAUGAGUUCAUGAACAAGGGUGUAGAUAUGUUCAUCGAAGCUCUGGCUCGACUCAAUCACUAUCUGCAGGCAACUGAUUCUGAUAAAACAGUGAUUGCCUUCAUGAUCUUUCCAACUCGGACCAACAACUUCAAUGUGGACUCAUUACGAGGGCAGGCUAUCACAAAGCAGCUCAGAGAUACCAUUCAUGACAUUCAAAAUCAUAUUGGAAAACGACUUUAUGAAGUCUGCCUCAAUGGAAAAAUUCCCCGAGAUGAUGAGAUCCUAUUGGCAGAAGAAAGGGUGAAGCUGAAGCGUUGUAUCUAUGCCCUUCAGCGAACCAAUCUUCCCCCCAUCACAACGCACAAUAUUGUUGAUGACCACAUUGACCCUGUUCUUACUACCCUCCGUCGGUGCAAACUCUUCAAUCAUAAACAUGACAAAGUCAAGGCUGUAUUUCAUCCAGAGUUCCUGUCAUCCACAAGCCCAUUGCUAGGUAUGGAUUAUGAGGAAUUUGUGCGUGGCUGCCAUCUUGGAGUCUUCCCAUCUUAUUAUGAGCCCUGGGGAUACACCCCUGCUGAAUGCACUGUCAUGGGUAUACCCUCCAUCACAACCAACCUUUCUGGAUUUGGUUGCUUCAUGCAAGAACACAUUGCAGACCCCAUGUCGUAUGGCAUCUAUGUGGUGGAUCGUCGAUUCCGCAAUCCUGAGGAAUCUGUUCAACAGCUGGCUACAUUCAUGUUUGACUUCACCAAGCUCAAUCGAAGGCAGCGAAUCAUUCAAAGAAAUCGAACUGAACGACUCUCAGACCUCUUGGACUGGAGAAACCUGGGAAUGUAUUAUCACCAAGCAAGACGACUGGCCCUCCACAGAGUGUUCCCUGAGAUAGCUGCUGAUGAAUCGGGGGGUGUGGGACGCUUCAAGUACCCUCGACCCAUUUCAGAACCAUCAAGUCCUUCAUCUUCUAGGGGUACAACACCUCAUCCAUCUGAGCAUGGCUCUGAUGCAGAUGACGAUGUUGAUGAAGAAGCCGAGGUAAAAGCUAUCUCUGGCCAGGCCUAAUACCUGGGCCGUCUUCUCUCUUCAGUUCAUUAUUAGUCACUCAUGCGAGAGUUAGAAGCAUUGACCGGGCAGUCAAACGAAGGAAGUCGAUGAUGAGAGAGCAACAGCCUUCAAUCAGCAUAGAUAUCAAAGAAAUAUCUGUACUGAUCAAGAUGAUCUGCUUCUCAUUCCUUAUCUACUCAAUUUUUUAUUAGCAUGUUUCUCUUUUUGAUUUAUGGUAGUGCAUUAGGAAGCAUUCCUGUUCUCGUUCAUUUAGAGAGUAUUUGAGAGUUUAAAUGGCAAAUUUAACCCUCCAUUUAUGCAUCCAUAAAUUCAAUACCACUUGAAUGGGUAUUGGAUACUCAUGUUGCCCAGUUUUUUUCCUUUUUCCAGAAUUCAGGAUAUGAUUUUUAUUUUAGAUUUCUUCAGAUGCAAUGAAUGGUGCUUAUCAAAGAUCUGAGCUUAAUUGAAUAUUUUCCUCUUGCACUAUCUUCUGUUGUCUGCAUUCUUUUCUAGAAUUUAAGUUGUGUUUCAGGUCUCCUGAGAAAGAAUGGACAAUAACAUAGUUUUUCUUUUGCAUUUCAGAUACCAGCCACUUAAUGUGUGUAUCUUUCACCCCUAGUUGUUUCACUGACCUCGAGAAAGAGAGAGAUAGAACUCUCUCUCUCUCUUACUUAAGGUCAGUUUUUAAUUGCUUUGUUUUGGAUGUGCCUUAUUUUAUGUUUUUUUUUGUGCCACACAAGCAUAUAUACAGUCCUGUGCAAUACAUUCUGUGUUCAAAUUCCUAUGCUUCAUAUUUUAUAGAUCUGGUCCCUGUUAUAGUUGAGCAUUUUUGCCAGAAUAAAGCCUUAUGAAAUAGUCAUUGAUCAGCUUUGGUAAUUUUCAUAGUUUUCAGCAAUCAAGUGUCUGUUGCAACUUUUCUAAUAUAGUAGAUGUC